AUCACAUAUUUGAAAAAGUAAAUCCUGAGAUGGAAAAGCUGGGAUAUGAGUGCAAAUGCCUUGGAGGAGGGAAAAUUGACCAUAAUAGUAAAGACAAGAAAAUUAGAGUAUUUGGGCUCUCUACAGGCUAUGGAAAAGCAGAUCAUUCGGUGACUGCAGAGAUAUUGAAAAAAGUGUAUACAGAUUAUGAAAUUACAUGGUCAGAUGACAAGAAAUAAAUCAGCUACUUAUGAACACAACAAGCAGUUCAAAACUGGUAACUCUGGGAGCUGUACUUUGAUAAAUAAAAUUGAAUGUGUCUUCU